AAACAAAGAAAUCAUAAUUGAUGAUACCCUUGGUUCUAGCAAAACAUUGAUGAAAUUACCCAUGAAGCUAGUAGCUGCGAUAGGGGCUCCCUCGUUAUUUCCUUCCUACAAUUUUGCUCAUUUGCCUGCAUCUACUUCACUACCCCCAUUUCUUCCUGUUUCCAUCUUCUCGCCUUUGCUCACCCCUAUCUCAGGGAGGAAGAAAUUAUUCUUACGUGCUGAGAAUCUUGAUUGUCAGAGCGUGGAACAAAUGGAUUUGAAGAGGGAAUUUCCUGAAUUAAACAAGGAUCUAUACCCCUGUAUAGAGCCAUAUUGUACUGGGUUUUUGAAAGUUUCCGACCUUCAUACUAUAUACUGGGAGCAGUCAGGAAAUCCUAAUGGCCAUCCCGUAGUGUUUUUCCAUGGAGGCCCUGGAGGUGGGACUUCACCCAAUAACAGGAGGUUCUUUGAUCCUGUCUUCUACCGAAUCAUUCUAUUUGAUCAGAGAGGUGCAGGUAAAAGUAAGCCUCAUGCUUGCUUGAAGGAGAACACAACGUGGGAUCUUGUUGGGGAUAUUGAAAAAUUAAGAGAGCACUUAGAGAUUCCGGAAUGGCAGGUAUUUGGUGGCUCAUGGGGAAGCACUCUCGCUCUUGCAUACAGCAUGUCACAUCCUGACAAGGUUACUGGUAUCAUUCUUAGAGGGAUAUUUUUGUUGCGGAAGAAAGAAAUUGAUUGGUUUUAUGAGGGUGGAGCUGCUGCAAUAUACCCUGAUGUUUGGGAGCCAUUCAGAGAUCUGAUUCCAGAGGAAGAAAGAAAGUGUUUUGUCAAGGCUUACCAUAAGAGAUUAAAUUCGGAUACCCUAGAAACACAGUAUGCAGCAGCUAGGGCGUGGACUAAAUGGGAAAUGCUGACCUCUCAUCUUCUCCCUAAUGAAGAGAACAUAAAGAGAGGAGAUGAUGAUGAUUUCUCCUUGGCAUUUGCAAGGAUUGAGAACCACUACUUUAUCAACAAGGGAUUCUUCUCUUCAGAUUCUUUCCUUCUAGAUAAUGUUGAAAAGAUAAAACAUAUCAAAACAAUAAUUGUUCAGGGAAGAUAUGAUGUUUGCUGUCCAAUGAUGUCAGCAUGGGAUCUUCAUAAAGCUUGGCCAGAGGCAGAGUUUAUUGUUGUCCCAGGAGCAGGUCAUUCGGCAAAUGAACCAGGAAUAGCAGCAGAACUUGUUGCGGCUAAUGAAAAACUGAAAAACAUCCUUGAAGGAGUUUCUUGACUACAAGUGCCCGCUAGUCAUUGACAUUAGACGUCGGCAUGGAUGUUUGUGAGAGUUAGUAUUUUAGAUCCUGGUAUUCUAGGUUUGCGUCUCUUCUUAGAUGAACUUAGAGCACCACAUGUGUGGAAGAAAAAAAGUUUGCCUAAAAACAAUGCCACGAGUUGUCUCCCCUUUUAUGUACGACUAUUGGACGAGGCUAAUUGGAAGAGUUCAUUUGUGACAUCAUA